AAAGAGAGUCAAUUAUUGGAAACAACCACCACCACCAUCAUCAUCAUCAGACCAAGAUGGCGGAGGGGCGGGGAUUGACAGAUCUGGAGAACCGGGUGAAAUUACUCGAGGAGAAGAUAUUCGGCCCUCUACCCAAAGAUGAGGAGUACCCUGAGGUUGUGUCAACGAUGGCCUCUCUGGGCAGUCGUCUGGGGAGCGCUUUGGGCACCAGGGAUCGCAUGAUGAUGGUGAUGAAGAGACUUGAUGAGUUGGAGCGAUACCUGGAUCCAGAGUACGGCGAGGGGCUGGAAGUGUGUGAUAGUGUGAAGUUGGAUCUGGUGCUUGGUCGUGAGGAUCAACUGCGCUCCUUCCAUAACCAACUGAUUACCCUCAAUUCCCUCAAACAUGUCCUGGACUCACAACAUAUCAAAGAUUGUGCUAACUUGGAUGAGGAAUUGACAACUGUGCAUGGUCAUCAGAGAGAUACGGAGGAAAAGGCUACUGAGCAGAGCACACAAAUCAAGAACUUGCUGAACCAAUAUAAUGACAUUAUAAACACACUGACGGAGACCUUCAUUGAAAUGGAUGCAGUAGUGACCAAGGCUGAGAUUGCAGCAUUACCUAAAAAGCCAGAGGAUUAAAAUCCUUGUACAGGGAAACAUUCUCAAGGUGUUAGCUAUGUCAUUGCUUCUAGUAUUGAUAAAUUAUAUAUCAUUUUUUGUUGUUCCAUUACAUAAGCUGAUAUGUUUUCACUGACUUCAAUAAAUUAAGUAACUUAAACAGC